AGGCCUUCCAGCUGCCUGCCAAUGCUGUCGCCAUGGUUGUGUAGAACUGACAAUGUGAGGGUGCCAAUAACAUGCGGGAUGCAGCCUGCGUGGCGGAUUGGUGAACGCAAUGUCCAACAAACCAAGGCAAUGCGUUGCAUGCGGAUAAAAGAAAAACACAGUUAACCGCGUGCUCGUUAUCUAGGUAGGUACUGUACCUGCCUGCUGUGCAUACAUAGAUAGACCCUGCCACAUCCCCGUCUGGCCGUCGAAUACAACUCCCCAACCCCCAUGUAGAUCAUACACACGCUUCCAUCCUCAGCAGAGCCCUACGACAGAAAUAACAGCAUGAAGAUCCACGCCAUCCUCGGUUCUCUCCUGGCCCUCGCGGCCACCACGGCGGCCCUGCCUCGGCCCACUCCGGGUGACGCUCAGGUUGUGGAUGCCGACGAGGCUGUCGCCUAUCCUGCCCAGGUUGAUCAAUCCUGGGUGGAUGCAGCCAACACCAAGAGAGCGGCCGUUGAUGCCGACGAGGCCGUUGCCUAUCCGGCAAAGGUUGACCAGUCUUGGGUUGACUCUCCUGAUGCUAGCGUUUGAGGCCGGGAAUUUCUAGAAUCGUGAGGAAUAGGGAUUCAGAGAUCCGCUCGCGAUAUAUCGUGCACCAGAGAAUACUCAAGCAUAAGCCGGGGUUGGGGAUGAAGCCAUGGCAUUCCUCAAACAGUACCGCAGUAUUGAAGCCACCCCAUUUCCGAGCCGAA